AUGAUGUUGUUGUUCAAAAUUUCUGUUUUGGUGAGUUGAUUUUUAUUUUACUUUGAGAAAUGAUACUUUGAGAAAAGAAAUGUUCACGUACGUGUUAAUUUCUUAUUUUUGGAAUUUUUUAAAUAUUAUUUUUUUUAAUUUAUUUUUUGUCCUCAUCGUAAAUCUUCAAAAAACGCUACAGUUCGGUUACUUUUUUUGAAAAUUUGUUUUUUUUCCAAAAUUAUAAUUAUAAAGUUUGAAUAGAGUUUUGAAAUAUUUUGAACUUCUCUGGUUUGUUUGAGAGAAUAGAAAAUUUCAAAAUAAAAUUACGAUUAGUUUUUUUAAUUUACAUUUGAACUUUGCACGUCGCGAUCAGAGCUUACAAUUAGAACUUUUAAAUUUUAAUUAUCGGUUUGCUUCAAAAUAACUUUUCCUUUCGAGUGAAUUUUUAAAAGCACGCUAGGAGAAAUUAACCUGGGACUACCACUAGGUUCAUUAUAAUAUUUCCAGGUUACAUUCAUAUCUAGCCCAGCCCUCGCUUGCCUUCCUGGUUUGGGAGGACUUGGCCUCGGUGGAGGUGGUGGCGGAGCAUGUUGUGCUCCACCACCAGUCUCAGCUCCAGCUCUCGCCUAUCAAGCCCCGCCACCUGCACCACUACCAAACGCUUACAUCGCCCCGCCACAAGCUCCAGCCGGUGGAUUCUAUGGAUCAGCCGCACCAUUCAAUGUUGCCCCGGCUACUUAUGCUCAACAACCUGCCCAACAAAUUGGUGCCGGUGGUGCUUAUGCUGAUGUUCCAAACAGAUUUGCUGGCCAACCAUUACAACAACAGCAACCAGCAGCAGCUAUUCCUUUGUUAGGACAACCUGUUGGCGCGUCGCCAUAUGCGGAGGUAAUUCUAUGCAUCAUUGAACAUCUUUUCUUUUCCGAUUAUGCAAUAUCUUUAUCCUUCCCAUUCAAAAAAAAAACCUAGAAAUCGAAAGUUUUCCAAAUACUAAGUUCAACAAAACAAAUAAGUUUCCAAUUUUUAUUCCAAUUACAGGCUCCAGUUCAACAAGUUAUUCAAGCUGCUAUUGAGCCACAAGCUGUAAAUGUUCAACCAAUCGCCGCAACCUCCGAAGUCAUCAGCAAGGUUUUGCCAGCUAGCGCAGUCCUUGAGGAACAUAUUGUUCAACCAGCUGAAGUCUCCCAAAACAAUGUUGUCUCUAGUAUUCAAACUGGGUAUGGAGACGAACAAGCUGUCAAAUCAUCAUCAUCCUCCUCUUCCGAAUCUGCUGAACAUCAAUCAACUCAUCAAGUUCAAGUCGAAAGUGCUUCAAACUCCGUCGAACAACAAGUUCGUGUCAUUCCAGAACAACAUGUUGUUGCUGAAAUUGUUCCAGAAGUUGUACAAACUACCGCAGCCCCAGCUAUCGUAGUCGAAACUGUUAGUUCCUAGAUCGUUUAUCUGAGACUCAAACAAUUACUCAAUGUUUUUCAGAAAGUUCAACAUUACGAGAUUCCUCAAACACCAGCCCAUGUUCAAGUUCCAGUAGUUCCAGCUCAAACUUAUCAACAACAAGUCAAUAAGGAACAAGCGACUGUCAAUGAACUUCUCGCAACUCUCGACACAGUUACUGUAACUCCAGCCCCAGUCGCACAAGGAAACCUUGACUUCCAUCAAGUCACAGUUGAACCACAACAACCACAAGUUCAUCAAGAAGUUAUCAUCGAAACUGAAGCUGGAUCGGAUUAUGAUACCCCAUCAGUUCCAGCUCAACUCAACGAAGAUCGCAAAGAUGUUCCGAGUGUUCAACCAAUUCAACCAUAUCAACCAAGUGUUCCACAACCACAUGUUCCAGAGCAACUUCCACAAAUCAUUCCACAACCAGAAGUUCACCUUCAACCAGUUCCAACUGCUGGAUUUGUAGCUCCCGAAACCUACACAGUUGCUCCAGUUGUCGUUGCUGAAACUUAUACCGUAGCCCCAGUUGUUAUAGCUGAAACCUAUACAGCUGCUCCAGUUGUCCCAGUUGCAGUUUCCCAAACCUAUACAGUUGCUCCAAUUGUUGUCGCUGAAACCUACAGUGCUCCUCCAGUUGUUGCAGUUCAAUCUACAGCCGCCCCAGAACAACAAGUUUUUGAAAACAUCACUGCUGAAGGCUCAGUUGUCACAACUCCAGCUGCCCCAGCUGUUACAGAAAAUGUUGGUGGAGCUGAAUAUGAUGAGAAUAUUAUUGUUAGCACAUCUCAACCAGAAGAAGUUGAACCAGCUGUUCAAGAAUAUGGAAGCAAAUUUCAAAAAGUUGCAAAGGGAGCUGAAACAGUUGUAACCGAACCAAUCGAAAUCGCACCAUACGGAAGAUUCAUCUUGUAA